UGUCUUUACGUCUCUUUGCAGGUGGAGGAAGACAGGUGCCCCUUGGGCACGAAGACAGGCUCGCUUAGUCGUCAGUCAUUUAAGCUGAGUGCAUUGUGAUUUCCAAUAAUUGAGGCAGUGGUUCUAAAAGCUGUCUACAUUAAUGAAAAGAGCAAUGUGGCCAGCUUGACUAAGCCGCCAGCGUGUGCAGCGCGGGCAGGACGGCGCCUGGGUCUCGGCGGACUUGUGCAUGUUAGCUGUGUAGAUUUAUGUAAGGUUUUUAAAACUCUGGUCUUUUAAAGUAGUCUUACCCACUUUCACUAUGGAGACAUGUGAGAGUCCCUCUCCUCUCCCGCGUGAGCCCGCAGGAGGAGCGGUGAUGGAGAACCGAGCUUGCCCCCUCCAAGCGCUGCCCCGUGAACAGUCUCCACCACCUCCCCUGCAAACGUCCAGUGAUGCAGAGGUAAUGGACGUUGGCUCUGGUGGUGAUGGACAGGCCGAACCCCCUGCCGAGGACCCGCUCAACUUCUACGGAGCGUCUCUUCUCUCCAGAGGAUCCUUCUCUAAGGCCCGCCUCCUCGUAGACCCGAACUGUAGUGGCCACAGCCCGCGCACCGCCCGGCACGCACCUGCGGUCCGGAAGUUCUCCCCUGACCUUAAGUUGCUUAAGGAUGUAAAGAUUAGCGUGAGCUUUACCGAGAGCUGCAGGAGUAAGGACAGGAAGGUGCUGUACACAGGAGCGGAGCGCGACGUGCGGGCGGAGUGCGGUCUGGCCCUUAGCCCUGUCAGUGGAGACGUGCAUGCUUGUCCCUUUGGCGGGAGUGUCGGUAACGGGGUAGGCAUAGGGGGUGAGAGUGCUGAUAAGAAGGAUGAGGAGAAUGAGCUGGAUCAGGAAAAGAGAGUGGAGUAUGCAGUGCUCGAUGAGUUAGAAGAUUUUACUGAGAAUUUGGAGCUAGAUGAAGAAGGAGCAGGCGGGUUCACGGCUAAAGCCAUCGUGCAGAGAGACAGAGUGGACGAAGAGGCCUUGAAUUUCUCCUACGAGGACGACUUUGACAACGAUGUCGACGCCCUACUGGAAGAGGGCCUCUGCGCUCCCAAGAAGAGGCGGGUGGAGGAGAGGUACGGGGCAGACAGUGACCAUCCGUCAGACGGAGAGACGAGCGUGCAGCCCAUGAUGACCAAAAUCAAAACAGUACUCAAAAGUCGUGGCCGCCCCCCGACAGAGCCGUUGCCCGAUGGGUGGAUCAUGACGUUCCAUAACUCCGGAGUCCCUGUGUACCUGCACCGAGAGUCGCGGGUGGUCACCUGGUCCAGGCCGUACUUCUUGGGAACGGGAAGCAUACGGAAACACGACCCUCCUCUGAGUAGCAUCCCCUGCCUGCAUUACAAGAAAAUGAAGGACAACGAGGAGAGGGAGCAGAGCAGUGAGCUCGCGUCCGGUGGGGAGGUGUCCCCGGCCAAGCCCCCAAGCCGGUCUGCGGAGCUGGAGCCCCCACCGGAGGAGCCCGACUCCUUGGGGGCCGACUCGGGGCCCCCAGAUGAGAAAGACGCACUGGGGGCCGAGGCCGCCCCUGGGGCCCUGGGGCAGGUGAAGGCCAAGGUGGAAGUGUGCAAAGAUGAGUCAGUCGACCUCGAGGAAUUUCGGAACUACCUAGAGAAACGCUUUGACUUCGAGCAAGUUACCGUGAAGAAAUUCAGGACGUGGGCUGAGCGUCGGCAGUUCAAUCGAGAAAUGAAGCGAAAACAGGCCGAGUCAGAGAGGCCCAUCCUGCCGGCCAACCAGAAGCUCAUCACUCUGUCUGUGCAGGAUGCACCCACGAAGAAAGAGUUUGUCAUUAACCCCAACGGAAAGUCUGAGGUCUGCAUUCUGCACGAGUACAUGCAGCGAGUGCUCAAGGUCCGCCCUGUGUACAACUUCUUUGAAUGUGAGAACCCAAGUGAACCUUUUGGUGCCUCGGUGACCAUUGACGGUGUGACCUAUGGAUCUGGAACUGCGAGCAGCAAAAAACUAGCGAAGAACAAAGCUGCUCGGGCUACGCUGGAAAUCCUCAUCCCUGACUUUGUUAAACAGACGUCCGAGGAGAAGCCCAAGGACAGCGAGGAGCUGGAGUACUUCAACCACAUCAGCAUCGAGGACUCGCGGGUCUACGAGCUGACCAGCAAGGCCGGGUUGCUGUCUCCCUACCAGAUCCUCCAUGAGUGCCUUAAAAGAAACCAUGGAAUGGGGGACACCUCCAUCAAGUUUGAAGUGGUUCCUGGUAAAAACCAGAAGAGUGAAUACGUCAUGGCGUGUGGCAAGCACACAGUGCGCGGCUGGUGUAAGAAUAAGCGAGUUGGGAAACAGUUAGCCUCCCAGAAAAUCCUUCAGCUGCUGCACCCACACGUGAAGAACUGGGGAUCUUUGCUUCGCAUGUAUGGCCGGGAAAGCAGCAAGAUGGUCAAACAGGAGACCUCGGACAAGAGCGUGAUUGAGUUGCAGCAGUUUGCCCGGAAGAACAAGCCAAACCUGCACAUCCUGAGCAAGCUGCAAGAGGAGAUGCGGAGGCUGGCAGAGGAGAGGGAGGAGACACGGAAGAAGCCCAAGAUGUCCAUCGUGGCGUCUGCGCAGCCUGGUGGGGAGCCCCUGUGCACGGUGGACGUGUGAGGGAGGCGGCAGGACCGGGCUCAAGGCCGCCUGCUCCGCUGUGGACAGUCCACACUGCUUGCUCUGCAGCCUCGGGCUCCGGUCUAAGGUCCUCCCCUGCAGCUGCAUAUCUGAGACGGGGACAGCCAGGGCCACCCCCAGGUCUGAGCGGACGUGUUCCAGCAUCAACUCAGCCUCCGCACAAGUGGAAGCCAAGAGCUUGAAGGUCGCUGUGGUCUCUGCUCGUGUGGACUUGCUCCAGACCGGUUUUAUGAAGGUUUCCAUGAAUUUUAGUAUAUCACGUGCACUGACCAGCAGUGAUAGUUGGAUAACAUGAAAUGAGAAAGCCCUGUGCCUGCAGCUCCCGUGGGCACCGCAGGGCCCUGGUCAGAAGUGUGCGCCUGCACCCCACAUCCCCUUCCCUGCCUCCGGUGUUUUCUUUUCUUUUCUGAAAAAGUUACAAUAGGAAGGAGUAUUUUAGAACUUUUAAGUUUAAAAUAAGCUUCAGCAUCAGAACUAUUUUUCAGAGAUUGCAGGCAAACCAUCAAGGUGUAUGAUUCUUCACCUUGAAACGCAUUGCCAGUGGGUGAAGUCACCUGGCCCCACCUGGCCUGCCAUCCUGGCCCCAGGCUGGGAUGCUGUUUGUUUUUUUGAGCAAGUCUUAAUGCCCCAAACACGCCUUCUUAGAACACUGAGGCCCCUCAUCCUCACUGGCCUCUGGCAACUUUUUACUAAAUUUUUGCACAGUGAAGUCCAUCUCCACCCAUCAAUUUUUAAAGCUUUUAUGAUAUUUUAGCAUUUGGGAAGAAACUUUUUCGAUGAGAGUAGAAGAUAGAUUUGGAAUCAUGUAGCAGAUAUGAACAAUUAAUGCAUUUUAGCUUGUGGACUUAUUUAGAGGAGACAAGGACCUUCAGUGCAGCCAGUUCUCAAUUGCAGGCUGGCGUGAACACGUGGAAGGAGUCCUGCGCCGUGUGAUGGCGCAGGAUUUCUAGAGCAGCCACCCUGUGUGGCCUGGUCUGGUGACCAGCAGUCUGCUCUCCAGGUGGCCCCUGUGGACGGGUGUGCAGUAGUCUGUCCCUACCCUGAGCCCCAGGGGACAUGGCUGAGCUUGGGGCCCUGGGAUGUCCCCAUGUGAGCUGGUGGUAGUGAGCCAUUGGCUCCUGCCCCCCAGCACCUGUUGAGGACGCAUGUGCUCACGGCGGCACCCCUUCCUCACCCCAACGUGACCGGGGUCAGCUCCCAUGCUGACCCUUGUAGGACAGAGCCCACAGGCAAGUUGCUGUAAUUACACUUUCAUGUGUCUCGCCCUGUCUGCAGUUGUGAAUAACCACCUGACCAGGACUGUUUGCCCUUAAAACAGCCAGAUGCACCAUCACAAACCAAAGCUUUGUGCACAUGUUCUUAGAGGCAGGCGAGCCUCGCCACGGCCUCCCUAGGUCCCCCUCCCUCUGUGCCCUGUGUGCAGGUGCCAGUGCCAUGUGAACAGUCGUGUUGUGGGGGCAGAGGGCAGCGAGAACCUGUGUUGAGGCCACCACUCCCCACAUAUUUCCCACGUGGCAGCUGGACCAUGGCUGUAAGGACGAGCCCUGAUUGUCCAAAUGCAUAAAUUAAAUCUAUCCAAAAA